AUGACUUAUUUAAAUACAAAUACUACUUCGAAGCUAUACACAUUUACUCACGCAGUAGAAUUUGACCUUAUCUUAACAACAACACACGUUGUUGGGGCGAAAUAUCUAAUAGGAAUCCGAGUGAAUUUAGAAAGAUUAGUCAUGCUUUUGAUAGAUCACUAUGUCAACUCAAAAAGCCUUUAUGAAUUGAAAGAUGAGCCUACUGUAUCAGUAUUAUACGCAAAUUAAGUAGGAGCGUAAUUUUAUAUGCACUUUGCUCUCCCAGAGCCUAAUCUUAUAUAUUUGGCAAGUGCAGAGCUAAUGAAUGACCUCUUUAAAAAUAUUCUCUUUGUUUCUUGCCCAAAAGGAAGCUUGGUAAAAGUUAGUAACCUUACCACUUAAUAAUCUAUACAAACAAGCGACGCUAAAAGACUCAUGACUCAUCAAUUGGCUGCUGUCUGCUGGGAUACUGAAUUUACUAUAAAACUUGAUAACUUCAUAUUUUACACCUUGCUAAUGUCUAAAAGUACAACUUUGAAGAGUAAAAUAGUCUUUAACUUUUACAAUGUUAAAACAACGCUUGAUAAAAUUUUUGCUAGGUUAAUUGAAGACUUUGAGUUAGACUAUACUAAUAAUGAGCCUAUUUUAGACUUCUACUAUGAUAAAGUACUAAGGAUUGUAUAUCUAAUUUAGUUAAAUGCAGACGAAACCUAAGCAGUUUUUGUAGUGAUAAUAAAAGCCGUUGAAGUUCACACAGUUAUUUUAAACACAAAAAAGCCAAAAUUAGCAAAAUUUAUUUAUGAUCCAAAACUUAAAAAAAGAUAUAUAUUCACUAGAGAAGCUAUUAUAGAUUAUGAUAUAUCUACUCUUGAUAAUAUAUCUCAAAUAAAAGAGGUUAAGAUAAUUCCAGUAUUUAAUUUUAAACCAAGUCAAUUAGAUAUAGCAGUCGAUAUAAUGGAAGGAAAAUUUUCAUACUAAGACGAAAUAACUCUGUCUUAUCAUUCUGAUAUUUUAGAAAUUAAUGGUAAAAAGCUAAACUAAUAAACCUACAUAGAAGAAGAAGAAAAAAAAUCAUAUGAGACUCCAAAAAAAUAACCACUUUUUACACCAUAUACUCCUUCAUAAAACAACUUAAUGAUGUAGAUACAAAAUAUAUCUCAGCAGUAGUUAUUUUAAUAAGAACAAAAAAAAGUUUAGUCGCAAGGUGUCUUUACCUUUGCUUUUUAGCCAUUUAUUCAGAAAUAAUAAAUACCUUAAACACAAAUUUAAUAGGUAACAUCAGUUUAAAAUUAAACUAUAUAAAAAUAAGAUUAACCAAUGAAUAAAUAUGAGACAAAAUAUGAUUUUACCAAUUUGUUUUCAAAUUAAUCUCCAGAGUUCAUUGAAAAUAUCUUUAAGCCUCUAUUUCCUUUUGCAGUUUCAGCUUAAUAGAAUUAGAUAAAGGAAGUAGAAAUGCAAAAUGAGGAUUAAGACCAAGAAGAUUUGAAUAAUAUUAUCUAACUAGCAGAAACAAAUCCAGAUAAUUUGAAAGUGUAAAUUGAAGAAAAUAAGAAAGCAGACGAAAAUAUGAAUGAUUUAGAAUCAUUGAUAGUUGAGGAAAAUAAGGGUGCUGAAGAGAAUAAGAAAGAAGAAGAAAAGAAGUAGGAAGGAGAGAACAAUAAGUAAGAAGAGAAUAAGAAGGAAGGAGUGGAUAAAAAGGAAGAAGAAAAAAAGAAGGAAGGAGAAAAUAAUUAGGAAGAAGAAAAAAAGAAGGAAGGAGAUAAUAAGAAUGUUGAAGAAAUUAAGGAUACUGAAGAGAAAAAGAAGGAAGAAACAUAAAAUGAAGUCUCAAAAAGCUAAGUUUAAAGUAGCUUAAAUGAAAAAUCUGUAGGCACUAGUGAUUAAAACUAGAACAUCGAAGAAUAGAAGACAUAAGAAAAUAACCUAAGUGAAGAGGAACUUAAAUUACAAGAAGAGGCUUUGAAACUAGAAUAGGCUAGAAAAGAAGAGGAGGAUUUAAAAUUAGAAUAGGCUAGAAAGGAAGAAGAGGCUAGAAGAGAAGAAUAUGAGAGAUUAGAACGAGAAUUUUAAGAGUAAUUUUUCGCAGCUUUCUCUACUGAAGAGGGAAUUUGCAGAUUAUUACUAAUUGUAAGAGAUGAGUCUAGACUUAUUGAGAAUGAGUUUCUUAAAUUAACUAUUAAGUUUGAGUUUCUCGAAGAAAGCCUUCCCUAUCAAAUUUUGUAAGAAGACCCUUUACACUGUGAGAUAGUUAUCAAUAGAGCAUCUGAAGAAUCAGGGUUUAUGUACAGAUAUACUAUGGCUAGUAAUUUAAUAGCUGCUCUGGAAUAAGCUAAUGUCCUAUAAAAUUAGCAAGAUUUAUUUGAGAUUGACCUUACAAUUGAUGAAUUAUAGAACUAGGUAGUUCAAAUAUUUUUAGUACUUUGCUUCUUAAUCUAGAGAGGAAAGGAAUUCUAUAGAAUUCAUAUUGAUAACAGUGUAUAUGAAAAGAUAAAGUGGAAAAUUCCUACUCUUAGAAAAAUACUAAACAAUUCUUAUCCCAAAUUUAGUGAAAUGUCAGAUUAUGAAAAAAGUAUAGGCGAAACAUUGCUUCAUACUUUUUUACCUUUGUUCUUAUAAGAGAGCUUUUAGCAACAAUUGCAGCCAUAUGUUGAUAACUUUUUAAGUACAUUCAGAGAUGCUAAUUAUUAUUCAAUUGAUAGAAAUUCAAUCUAGAUAUUUCUUGAAUGCAAUCAUGGUCAUUUAGCUCUUGGAUAUUUAAGUUGGGCUUUGAAAUUUGAUGAAGAUUUCAGAUUUCUAAGGUAUUAAGCAAUCAAGCUUUUGGAUUAGUAUCACAAUCUUAAAGAAGCCUUAGUUUAUCCAAUAUACUUUAAAAAGUUAAAAGGGCUUAUCUAAAGACCUUCAAAUAGUGAUGUAUUCACAUCUUAAGUUAGGAAACCUUUUGUUAAAUGGGUCAAGUAUAAAUAAUAUAUGUAUGAUCUUAUUAAUAGCAAAGGCUUUCCACCAAAGAUAAAGAUACUUGAUUCUGAUAGAUAGUAAAUUAAGAAUAUAUAGGACAAAGAGUAACUUAUUCAAAAUUAUAUUGAUAAUCCUCCAUAAAGAAGCAAAUUUGUAGUAUAUAGGGCUCCAAAUUUCGAUAGUGCAUAUGCUGAAUUAGAUGUAUUGAAAAAAGAAAAGAAAAGGAUUAUUAAUAAAUAUAUGGGUGUAAAAUAGGUUAGAAUUAUGGAAAAUCUCGAGUUUAUAAAUAAAUGUCUCAAAGAUUAUGAAUAAUUGCAGAGUAAAAUUCUAAAUAAAAAAGCAAAGGAUAUUGACAAAAAAUUGAACUAUAAAUUGGCUAAGAAAGAUGAUUUAAGAGAGAUAUAUAAAUAUACGCAUAAAAGCUUCAGAAUAUAUGUUCCAAAUUCAGCCAUGUACUUGCAAUGCAGAUAGAAGUAAUUGGAGGUUAAGAAUUGUAUGUUGUGGAUAAAAUAUAAUGAGAGAAAUGAACAAUUAAAGUUGGAAAAGUAUGGAAUGUAAGACUAGAAUUCUUAAUAGUCAAAUUAUGAAAAUAGUUAAUUUUGGGAAACGGAUAUUUGA